AUGUCAUAUAAUUUAAGCUCAUCAUACUAUGAGUUUUUCUCAUUGAGAGCUAAUAUAUGGAAACAAAUUGAUGAGGGUACUCACAUUCACUAUUCGACUUAUAAUAUGAAGGGAGAUUAUCGCACACAAGGGUCACUCUUUAAUGGGGCUAUUCAUUGGUUUGCUCAUCGUCUUGAUUUAGAAAAGAAUGUUAUCAUUGCCUUUGAUUUAACCGAAAGGAAACUUUUAGAUAUGAAUUUGCCAGAUGAGUUUGGCGCUGAACUUCACUAUGGUGGUUUGUGGGUAUUUCAAGAAUUUCUCAGUUUAUCGGGUGGGAAUUAUUAUAAUGGUACAGUUGAAAUAUGGGUGAUGAAAGAAUACAAACAACAUUCGUCUUGGACAAAGACUCAUGUUCUUCCUACCGAUGCCAUUCCCUAUAGGUACUUUUGCCCUUUAACCUCUACAAAAAGUGGUGAUAUUGUUGGAACAGAUCUUCUUCCUGGAUUUGUGAAGUAUAAUGAUGAAGGACAGUUGGUAGGGCAUCACUCCUACUCUAUCCGUCGAUAUGAAUCCCUAGUGACCAGUAUAUAG